AGUAGGCAAUACAGUCGCUACCUGCCUGUCUAGUGGAACGGAUAUGGCUCCCCACUCACCCCGGCUUUUUACCAGACCCAAGCGGCUUGUUGCCAGGCAAGGGCCGACAUGACAGUACACCGACGAGAGAAGACCCCUGGUCGGCUCCGCCUGUCGGUCCCGUUAGAAGCGGGGAGAGGAGCGGGUCGAUAUGCCGUGUUGCUGGCUCUGUGCGCGCUGUGCUACAGUAACUCUCUGCAUGGGGAGUUCGUGCACGACGAUGUGUGGGCUAUCAGCAAUAACCCCGACGUCCGGCCCGGGUCCAGCCUGCAGAGCAUCUUCUCCAACGACUUUUGGGGCAAGAGGAUGGCGGACAACACAAGCCACAAGUCCUACAGACCGUUAUGCAUCCUCACCUUCAAAUUGAACAUCCUCUUGGGUGGAAUGACCCCUCUCUACUUCCAUGUGGUCAACGUGUGUCUUCACUGUGCCGUGACCUGUCUGCUCAUGCACACGUGUGAUCGUUGCGUGUUCGACGACCCCCGUCUGGCCUUCCUCACCGCCCUCCUCUUCGCUGUGCACCCCAUACACACUGAGGCUGUGUCUGGUAUCGUGGGCAGGGCGGAUGUCUUGGCCUGCAUGCUGUUCCUCCUGGCCUUUCUCUCCUAUAUUAGGAGUGUGGGUGUGUGUGAUUCUGCAAACUGUCUACCCUCCACUGUGUCUGUGUGGGUGCUGGGUGCCAGUCUGCUGCUGGGCACCUGUGCCAUGCUGGUCAAGGAGACGGGCAUCACCGUCUUCGGGGUGUGUGUGUUCUACGAUGCCCUGGUGCUCUGCCGCAAGCCCCUCCUCUUGCACCUCUCCGGCUCCAAGAUCAAGGAUCUUCUCAGAAUCUCCGUCCCCUUCCUCAAACGAGCCUGUGCCGUCUCUCUCUAUGUGGCGGUCAUCAUGUCCUUCAGGCUCUGGCUGAUGGGCGGCUCCAUGCCUCUCUUCUCGGAGCAGGACAACCCAGCCUCCUUCUCUCCUCACCUGCUCACCAGGUUCCUGACCUACUGCUACCUGUUGGCGUUCAACGCGUGGCUGCUGCUGUCUCCCGCGGUGCUAUGUUAUGACUGGCAGGUGGGCAGUAUACCCCUGGUGGAGUCACUGUGGGACAUGCGCAACGUCGCCGCCCUGCUGCUGGGAGUGGUCAUGGUCGCCCUCUGUCUACACUGUGUCAUGUCGCUACAGAGGUUGGAGAAUAGGGAGGUGUUGCUGGGGGUGUUGUUCCUGGUCUUUCCCUUCAUCCCUGCCAGUAACCUCUUCUUCAGGGUGGGCUUCGUGGUGGCAGAGAGGGUCCUCUACAUGCCCAGUAGUGUGUAG